AUGUACGAGCUGCAGCGGCAGCUGGUCUCGGCACAGCCGCUGCAGCCGAGGCACUGGGAAGACCAGCAGGGCCAGUCUGGACUGUAUGAGCGCCUGCUGUGGCACCAGCAGUGGAGCGGCCUGCCUUGGAAACAGCAGCAGCAUCAGCAGGCUUGGAUUACGCAGCAGCAACAGCAGUUUUUGCUUCAACAGCACGCGCGGUUCACUGGGACACAGCUGUAUCAGUCUUGGGCUUCACCGGUGGAGCGCCAGCACGUGAUGCAACAGCAGGAGCAGCAGCUGUUGGAACAGCAGAGUAACAAGCGGGUGACGCUAGGUCAGAGUCAACAGCAGGAGCGCCAACAACAGGAGCAGGACGUGAGACCGCAGGAUCAGCGCAAACAGCAGCAUGCAAAAAGGAAGCGGAAGCGGGAACAACAAGAGGAGUCGGAGCGACUGGAUGAACAGCUGCAACCCCCACAGCGUGCCGACGCGCGUGGAACGCCUUUUCGCGAAAAGGCAUGGCUUCCACCGAACUUUCCAAGUCCUCAGACUCCUCAGCCCAGCAUCUCUCAACAGCCGUUGCAGUCUUCUGUUGCUGCACCAGCAGCAGGCCCCUCGACAUCCAUGCGAUUGAGCACGCAGGUGAUUCCGGGGCCUACACAAACUGCUCUUGCUACAACUCCCACUGGUAAUGAUGCGGGAUCUCCAUGGGUUAAAGCUGCUGCAGCUCGUCCAGCAGGGGCUGCUGCUGCAGCCGCGUGCGGGGAGCGUAAUGGUGACUCGUCCUCUGUUGCCUCCACGGGAGCCAAAACAGGCGAGGGCAUGGAGGUGCCGACCCUCUCUAGUUUACUAGGUGGUGCCAGUUCUGAAGAUGCAGGAACAGCUGCAGCCGCAUCAGGAGUAGCUCAUGCCACAAACGUGUGUAUAGAGACUCCAGCAAUCACGGAGGCGCUGGGGGCGAAUGAGAGCGUUGCUGAAAAUCUACUGGGCCACCCGUUUGUGCGCCUACCGCGACGAAUGGUGGAGCAGUCACAUCCUAAUUUUCAAAUUGACUUCAAGCGUGCCGUUACCAUUGUGCCUCCCCCGCGUUAUGCCAUGCCAUUGCUUCAUAAGGCCCAUGACCUGCUUUCGCUGCAGCGAUUAUUUCCUCAUCAGAUGAAGCAGUUGGUGACAGUAGCGGAAGAACUGGUGGCCCACGCGAUGCGGUAUCACCGCCAAGACCUGUCAGCACAUAUAAACUGCCGCGCAGUUGAGCGGCUGGGGGUCCGUUUCUUGCUGCUGGAUUGUGUAGUUUCCGCAUGCAUAGUUCUUGGGCAGGAAGCAAAGGGUGAGCAUUGGGAGGUUUUCACAAAGUCAAUUAGCCACGCUGUGCCGCUAUGGACCCCACGGGGAAAGCUCACACCGCGACAGGCUUCUAAUUUAUCUCUGGUUAUGGACCUCAGCAGUGGAAUUCAAAUACUCAAGACGGGACGACGACCAACACCCGCAAGUCUCGUGAAGGUCAAGCGGAUGCUCUUCUGCUCGACCUUUUCCCCUCUACGUAUGGUGAGCGGGGAUUUCGAACCCUGGCAGCGGGAUGACAUCAGUGGAUCCGAAGGGCCGUAA